AUGGAAGAGAAACCGGUAGAGACUGUUGAAGUUGAGAUCCUGACUCAACUUGAGCAACCAUUAGAAACUAAGAAACCUACUGUAGGUAUAAAUGCUAGCACAAGGGCACCGGAGAUUGAGAUACAGACAGUUAAAAUUACUGAGAAACCUACUGAGGCAGAUGUACACACUAAAUCAGAGAAACCGACAAUCACUGAGACAUCAAAACAGUCUGAGAAAACUUUACAAGUUGAGAUGCAAACCCAAACUGACCCACUGACAGAAAAUGCAAGCUCUAACUAUAAAUAUAAUGCUCUACGUGAUGGGAAAAUGCAGGUUGCUUACAAUUUACUUGAAAACAGGGAAGAAGAAAUGCAAAAGAGUGUUAAAGUGACUGUGUUGAGGGGUAGCAAUUUAGUUGUCAAGGACAUUAGAAGUAGUGAUCCAUAUGUUGUACUUAAAUUUGGUAAUAAGGUUAUUUGCACUAAAGUAGUGAAGAAGAAUCUAAAUCCAACUUGGAAUGAGGAGUUCAAAUUUCCCAUAACAAGUUUUAGUCAUUAUUUACUCAAACUGGAAGUGUGGGAUAAGGAUAAAGUUUUUGGCAUCGACUGGCUUGAUCCAGAUGACUUUAUGGGAGCAGCUGAAAUAGAUUUGAAGCAUGUUAUUAAUAGAGAAAAAUGUUCCUCACAACAUAAAUUGGCGAUGUCUCCAUCAAAAGAAAAUUGCCUACAUCAAGAGAGUUAUGUUAUCCAAACUGCAGAUGGUAAGAGAGUUCAAGAAGUGUGUUUGAAUCUUCGUAAUGUUACUUCUGGCCUUGUGUACCUACGACUAGAAUGGUCAUCUUAA